AUGAACUGGACCGACGCUCAGCAAUACUGCAGAGAGAAAUACAGCGACCUGGCGACCUUGGAUAGCAUCGAUGACGUCAGGAGGCUACCUGACGUCAUCGGGCUCACAUGGAUCGGACUGCGCGACGACCCACAAUCCUGGAAGUACAGCAUGGGCAACGACACCAACUCCUGGAGGUGGUCAGCGACCGGGGGAACCGGCAGAACCAGCAGAACCGGUUACCAGAACUGGAAGGCAUCUCAACCGUCCGGCUCAACGGAAAGUCAAUUGUGUAUCUGGAUGUCAUCUGGUGGAACAUGGAGCGACGCGGGUUGUGAAACAGCUUUAUAUUUCCUCUGUUACACCCAAACAACCCAAACUGAUAAAACCUAUGUGCUCAUAUAUAUGGUGAAAAAGUGGUCCGAUGCCCGCGACUACUGCCGAGAACACCACACCGACUUGGCUAUGAUCGAGAAUGAUGAAGAAAACAAAGCGGUCGCUGCACAAUUAGGCGGAUAUUACGGUUGGAUCGGUCUGUACCGAGUGCGCUGGACUUGGUCCGACAAGUCCCAGAGCUCCUUCAGAUUCUGGGGUCCAGGCGCCCCACAAUACUUCCAUAGCCAAGAAGACUGCGUCGCUAUGAGAUCUUUACACAAAUGGGACGACGCCAACUGUAAAUCAGAGUAUCAUUUCAUGUGCCAUCAAGUUCUAAAAUUGAAGACCAAGCUCAGGUUGAAGUUUAAGACCAGCGCUGACAUCACAGAUCCAGCUUCCAACGCCCAGAUCCUGCAGCAGCUGAGUGUGGCGCUCACGAGGCAGGGGUGGACCGACUUCAAGCUGAAAUGGAAUGCUCCGCCCAGAAAGCAGGAGAAACGCACAGAAUUUUAAAACGACUUGAAAACCAGCGUGGUUUAGAAUUGCUUUGGUUGUUUUAAAACAUAUUUAAACUCUGCUGUGACUAACAAUUAUUAUUAUAUACUAUUUUUAGUCUUGUGGAAUCUGAACCCCAUUAAUCCAAAGUAGCUAAAGUUGCCUUUUAGUUUGGGUUAUUUGAUCUGCUAUGUAAACGUUUUAAAGAAUAAUGGUCAUAAGAAAUUGAGACCAAAAUAUAUUCUGUAUUCUACUUUAGUUUUUUUUCUCAGGAUUCAGCUUCUCCUGAAGAUGUCUGCGUGUGUUUUAGAUAUGACAGAAUAAUGUAGAUUACAGUUCAUACAAGACGUUGGACAUAAUAAUAAUAGAUAAUAGAAUAAUAAUGAAGGCAUGGCAGCGUUGUCUGUUCAAUGUAUUUUGUUUAUAUCUGUUAUAGUGUGUGAGACGUACAUUGUUUUUAUUUUUCCUCUUGCCCCUGAAGGUAAUUUACUUAAAUUAAAAUCUUCUUUCUUUUAACACUCAACGGAGACUACGUUUAUAAAAAUGACAAAAUAAAGUCACCUUUCAAACAUCAUGGUCACACAAAACCAAGGUGACUUUUGUCAUACGGUUUAUUUGUUUAUUCAAAUAUGAGCAUAAACAAAUGUAGCACCGCACAGGAUGCUUCUCUGAAAGGUG